UGCACUGUGGCGCUAGUUGGAACGCACCAGCCAGCUUGCUUCCCUCCCCGUCCACACCACCACCAUCUUCACCAUCACUACAACAAUUACCAACACCAUCAUCUUCACCUUCACCGCCACCAUCAACACCACCACACCUUACCGCCACCACCACUACCUCAGUCACUGUUAGUACCGAGGUCCUCCCUACCAGCGCUGUCGGGUCAGGUAUGUGGAAGUGUGAGUCGCAGGCCACACGCACACACACACACACACACACACAGACGCACGCACACAUACUCAUACACUCACACGCACACACACACACACCCACACAGAGGACCAGCCGCCGCAUGAAGACCUCCGCAGUCGCAUCGACCCGCCCUUGAGGGACCGAAUUACGUAGGUCAAAACGAGAAACUGGGGCAGUCCUCCUCCCCCUCCUGUUCCUCUUACUGGCUCCUCGUCCUUCUACUGUCGCAGCCUGGGACACUGUUCAUGACCUGGCCUACAGCAUCCUGUCAGUCUGACUGUUCGUGUAGAGACAUGGAAGCACUUUAGUAAAUCUCAGUUAUUGUUUACAACUCUCCAUGGUAGGCUGGGGCGUGGCAAACUAUUGCAGUGAUGUGAACAGUUGUGCAGGAUACAGUCGCCAUAGUUACAUUGAGCAUUAAGUGUGAAGUAGAAGAGUGUAAACGUGAAAAAGACAUUUAACUGCUGAAUAAAUUUGUUCAGUUAGACCAAUUAAUCGUUUCUUUCGGUUAUAAAUUGUACAACUUUGUGUCAAUAUAAAAAGUUCUGCCAAGAAUGAUAAAUUGGUGAUCAUAUGUUGCCAGUCACACGGUCCUUUUAAAUACAUAAUGACUCGUGUGUAUAUCUGAUGACAACAACGCAUACCACUCGACUACCAGUACAUGUAUUGUGAACCAUCAACUAAUGUCAGUGUGAACCAUCAACCAACAUCAGUGUGAACCAUCAACCAACAUCAGUGUGAACCCUCAACCAACAUCAGUGUGAACCAUCAACCAACAUCAGUGUGAACCCUCAACCAACGUCAGGGUGAACCAUCAACCAACAUCAGUGUGAACCAUCAACCAACGUCAGGGUGAACCAUCAACCUGCGUGGUGAGCGAGCGAGGCAGAGAGAGAACCCACCGUCUAUGUCGGUAGUGUCGGGCUGGGGGCGGUGUGAGUGAGGAAAGGAGAGUCGAGGUGGAAGGUGGUGGUGCUGUGUGUGAGAGAGAGAGGGAGGGAGCGACUCAGCUCUUGCAAAGGGGAAGGUGCACACACACACACCGUCUACCAGAGCAACACUACAGUCUCUCAUACUCACAGGACCCAACUCAUCACGCUGUGUCUUUACGGAGUGAUGUGUGGUGGUGGCUUCCAAUCAGCUGUGAAAAGUAUAAUUAUUGAAAAAGGGAACAGAAAUAACACGUAGCUGAGAAUAUACAAUGAGAAGACACUAUUAAUGGAAUAAUUAUUGUGUUACGUGAUAGAAAAAAAAGAUAACGAGAUAUAUUAAUAUUUAUAUCAGUGAUGGAAUAUAACGAUUUAAAAAAGUAAUCGUCUAAUGUUGCGUGUUAGUGAAACAAUAGCCGUAUUGUGACGUCAUUACAAAGUCUAUCAACCACCGUGAGAAGAUGUACCCGUUGGAUAAUGGAUAAAGUCAGCUAUUAAACUUUGACAACAGGUAUAAGAUGUUCGUCAGAAACUUGUUUACAUCCUGCAACCUGAAAGAUGAAUAGCAUACGAGUGUCAUAAUCCUGAACACCAAGAUUAAACACAACAACAUUCUGAGUGUUGUUACAUGGUUCACACACAUACACAUAUCUUAUUAAAAUGCUCAAGUAAUGUGCCAGUUUCUCUAAGUGUUCAAUCAGUGAGUGUUUCUCUUAAUGAAAGGGAGAGAAUAAAUUAACUUUUCCUUUUUUACUGUUGAUGUUCAGAAGAAAAGUGGUUUAAGUGUUGUUAUGGAUGAAACGUGACUAUUUUGACGCAUUUAUGAGACGGCACCAGGACUCUGAUAGAACGCAUCCACCAAGACAUCAAAAUACCCCCAAAGUCUGACACGUCCAAUCAAGACGUCACAACCGCUCUAAUCUGAUACAUCCAAUCCACACCCCACUGAAGUAACGAACGACAAGGACGACUCGGGAGCCUUCUUACCUCGCCCUCCAAGAUGCACCUAUUCCUCAAGACGCUGUACAUGUUGACGGUGAUGGUAAUGACGGGGAUGAUGAUGGUCUUAGUUCUACUGUGUACACCUGACUUCCACACGAGACUCUCCAAUGGCUUCUACCGUCAGAGCGACCUCACCUACAGCCAAUUCGUCAUGCAAAGCCUGGAGAACCCUGGCGUGUAUGUGGCCGAGGUGUCCGUGGAUGUUGAGGACGUCCCCUACCGGCCGCCCCCCGUCAAGCGAGAGGCUGCCUGGGACUACUCCGGCAACAAUACCGGUUUCCUCAAAAUUCACUUAGACUAUGGGCGUCCCCAACAUGAACCGUGGGCGGGCAAGGUGGGGUGUAUGGGCGUGAGGGUGGGGUUCGCAAGACGGAGAACCUUACCUCGGACAGCUCUCGCCUCUUACCCGGGCAGUGGUAAUACCUGGCUCAGGUACCUCAUCCAGAGCUCCUCCGGGUUGUUCACUGGGUCAGUCUACAUCGAUAGGGAACUGGCAUCCAAAGGCUUCUAUGGUGAAAACGAGAUACCUGAGUGUGGCUGUACCAUCGCUGUCAAGACUCAUGGCUACUGUUUGGGAGGCUUACCUGCAGAGAGGGAUCAAAGGACGAAGGAGAUGGACAAGUUCUUCGGUCGUGGUCUCCUGUUACUGAGAAAUCCCUUCGACACUCUCAUCGCCUACCGCAACUACCUGUCAGCGGGUCACCUGGGCGUGGCCGGUCCUGCCGCCUUCAAAGGAGCAGACUGGUCGAGGUUUGUCCAUGGACAGAUGGAGGUAUGGCGAGCCUAUGCCUUAGACUGGAUCACUCUAGGCAGGAGCGUGUUGGUGGUGCACUAUGAAUAUCUCCUGGAGGAUCCUCAGAGGGAGCUCCUACGGAUCCUACAGUUUCUCCGUCUGCGUGUGGAGAAGCAACGCCUCCAAUGUGUUAUGGCCAACUUAGACGGUGCCUUCAGGAGAGUCACCCCCGACAAGAUCUCCUACAGGAUUAGUGACCCGUACACCAAGGAGCUACACGAGGUAGUGGAGGAAGGCAUGAGAGACGUCGAUUUAGCCCUGGUGAAACAUGGGUGGCCAGGCCUCCCCGUCCACCUCUACAGCUACCACUACGAACGGAACACCACUACUACACCUACCAAGGACACCAGAGAUACGAACAGCGUCUUCAAGGGCCCCAUCAACGCCAUAAUUAGUACCAACAAUGUCAUUAUGGGUACCAGCAGCGUCGCCCAGGGCAGUGCCAAUAAUGUUGCAAAGUUCAUCAAAAACGAUAUUGUUAGGGAAACGAAACUCCCUAUCAAGAGUCUCAAUAGUAUCGUUCAGGACAACAGCAUCAUCAUCGAGGAUACGAGGACCACCGUCAAGGCCCCGUUGGACACUAGGAACAAAAAGGGUAAAGUUGGAAGAAACGUUUACCAGAAGAAAAUUGAUAAAAGGUGGAAGGCGAAGGGAAAGAAAGAACGAAAAAUAAACGGAAAUAAGAUUAAAUUUGAGGACCAAAAUGGUGUGAAAGUGCUGAAAUUAUCUCCCUGGAUGAAGUCAAGAUGAGGAAGCGGUAGUGUCUCUCAGAUGGUGUGAUCCAGUCGUGACAGACAUGGGACGAGGGAUUUAGACGUCAACGAUAGUAUGUUGACCUUUGCCUCCGUUUGCUUGAAGGUCUGGUCAGAAGCGGAUGAUUGUGUUAUAACUUGAAUGACAUGAACGAAAGUGAUAAUGUUUUGAGAGUUUAUGUGUCACACCGCUACUAAACCUUUGGAGGAGGAUGAUUUAACAGGAUAGUAUUUCAUUACUUUCAGAAUGAUAGUUUAACUUCUCAAGGAUGGUGUUUAACCCUUCAAGGAUGACGUUUUAACAAAGAAAUGGUUCAACACCUUCAUGAACAUUAUUUGAUUACUCAAAGACGAUGAUGAAGAAGUUACUUGAAGAUGAGAUCAUAUAUCAAUCGUCCUCAAAGGGUUAUUAUUCUUAUUAUUAUUAUUAGUAUUGGUAUUUAAGUAGCUCAUCUAUGAGGGUCUUUUACCUGGGAUGAGAAGAGGAGAAACGACAGCCCCUCGUAACAGACUGGGACGUGAUGUGUUGUGAUCCACGAGUCUUACCCCCGUUUCAAUACAAGUAUCAGUGUCUUGGAUGGAGUUAAAAGAAAAUGAAGAAAAACGACUUUAUCUUUAUAGCUUUAUGUGUUAUGAAGUUAAAGUCUAAAGGCUGUGAGUGUUACGAGUACUGUCAUGUUAAGAACUGUUAUAUUUUUUUUUCCUAUUCACCUCCGUUUGUAUAUAAGUUUUGUCUUUAGAAAUACCUUGAUGCUUUUAGUCUGAGGUGACAGCUUAUACCAGCUUAGAAUGUCACAGUGAUUUAAGAUCUGUGAUUCUUAAUUGAAUUUAUAUCUUGCCUGAUGAGUGUUGAGAGUUUAAUUCUCUUUUGAAUCUCGAUUACGGAAACUCGGUUUAGUAAACCUCUGAUAUAGGUGUGACGUGAAGGUGAUGGCGGCGCUCACUCACUCACUCACACACUCACUCACCACCUGCUCAACACGUCUCCUGAGUUUGUAAGCUUCGCGGUACACGUUUACCUGUAUAGGGUAGUUCGUCAAGCUACUGUAAUAUUGCGCCUGGCUUCCCAAAGGUUCGUACGAUGAAUUUUCCUUAUAACUGACGUAAGAACACCCUUAACUGAGAAACUUCAAUUACAUCACAAAAAAUAUCAUCCAAAAUUGCGUGGUCACUUUGUACUAGUUAGGCGAUAUAAUUAACACAGUCUUUGUGGUUUAUGAUUCCCAGAGGAUCGUAGGAUGACGUUUCCCCUAACUGGAGAUCUUAGAAUAUGUAUAACUAGUUCACUGAAAUUAUGCCUUAAAGUUAGACUCCAAAAUGGCGUCUGAAUUAUGAUGAAACUCUAUCGUCAUUACUUUCGUUCUCUUAAACCCCAAUUAGGCAAAAAAAAAGUCUUCAGAAUGUUUUUGAAUACGCAGUGAAUGUUGACUUUCAUAAUAAUACAUUCAAGUUUCACCUCUGUUUCUGUCAUUACACAUCACCAGUUAUUAUAGACAAGGAACAUACGAACCUUCGACAAUAAUGAGUCAUCGUUUUUUUUUAUAUACAGGAUUCUAUAAUAGCAUUAGGUAAGGCAGGUUCCACCAGGUAUACAAUCAAAAGAGAGUAUAAACAAGACUGGCCAUUACAGCUUGUUGUUGCUUCACGUUAGUACAUAUCACAGUCAAUUCCUCUUGUUGGUUUUAAUUUGUAGGUGUUUCAGCUACCAGGCUUACUGAGCACAGUCCACCAGGUUCAGGUCUUAGUUUUAGGUGCUUCAAUUUGCCAGGGUUAUUAAGCACUGUUUACUAGGUCUUAGUUUUAGUUGCUUCAACUUGCCAUUAAGCACCGUUCAAUAGGUCUUAGUUUUAUGUGCUUCAACAUGCCAUUAAGCACCGUUCAAUAGGUCUUAGUUUUAGGUGCUUCAACAUGCCAUUAAGCACCGUUCAAUAGGUCUUAGUUUUAGGUGCUUCAAUUUGUCAGGGUAAUUAAGCGCCGUUCAUUCGAUCUCAAUUUGUACAAGACACAAAUCUUUUUAAUAAACAUAAUAUGAUAAGGUCCUCUUAACAUACGCUUAAUACAAGCAGCAGGUACAAGUCCUCAGGUGUUUAGUUAAGGCCCCAAAAUUCCCUCGACACUUGUUAACACCUGUCAUCUACUUGUGAAUCAUGAUACCUGAUUUAUUUAUUUAUUUAUUCAAGCAAAACAACACGAAAGAAAACUACAAUAAAACAAAAUCUAAGUGUGAAUAGUUGUUAAACCUACUGUCCUUCCCUUAGUUAAAUGACCCACAAGUAGAUGGUGGUAAAUAUUGCUAAACCUGUCCAGAGAAUUUUGACCAAAACUUUUACACAUCUGACAAGUUUGUUUAUGUUUAUGUUCUGUGGUGGAUGACAUGUUUGUUUUUGUCUCUGGAUUAUCACCAGUAACAGAGGUCGAAUCCUGGACGAACUGGACAUAUCAAAUUCAAUAAUAUAUAUAUAUAUAUAUAUAUAUAUAUAUAUAUAUAUAUAUAUAUAUAUAUAUAUAUAUAUAUAUAUAUAUAUAUAUAUAUAUAUAUAUAUAUAUAUAUAUAUAUAUAUAUAUAUAUAGGUAGUGUUUAAUUCCUUGUACGUUGUUGUUUAUUGAAAUUCAUUAAUUAGCGGAUCCAGACCUGCUACCAAACCUAAUUUAACCUGGUCGGAUUUCAUUUAAUCUAACCAAUCAUAAGUUUAUCCUAACCUAACUUGGGUUAAUUUAACCUAACCUUACUUAACCCCUAAACAUAACUAACUCCUUGCCUAACCUAACUUAACCAAGCCAAACAUCACAUAACUUGAUUUAAUUUAAUCUGACCAAUCAUAAAUUUAUCCUUACCUAUCUUUGGCUAAUUCAGCCUAACCUUACCUAACUCCUAACCUAACUUAACCGAAUCUUAACCCAAACCAACUUAACCUAACAUAGCCCACACCUAACCUUGCUUACCUGUAAUAUAGACUAACAGAGGACCGGGGUUCAUGUGUGUGUGAUGUCAUAGGUCUGGUCUUAGGUCUGGGUCCGGUUUGGUCUGGCCUUUAUAUGUCAAACUGUUUUACUGAAGAAAAAACGUUGUAUACUUAUAUUAAUUAGUACUAAGGUUUGAUAUAGGUAAAACAUAAACAUUCUUAAGGAGGUCAGGUCAGGUCAGAGGUCAGAUAUUAUUAAAACACUAUCUUUGAAGUGUGUGUGUUGAAUCUGAACCGUUGGACUUGACCUCUCAAAUUAAACUCAAUGAGUCUUGUUUAUGGACUUGUAUAAUUUGUCUAGUAUCUAGAUAAGUAUAAUUUAUGUUAAAGAAAGUUGAUAAUAGACGUGUGUAAGUCCCUCUCCUUCCUUCCCUCCUUCAUUCCUUCUUUCCUUCCUUCCUUCUUUCCACCAUCAUCAAAUGUGUUUGUUAUUAGAAGGAGGGUUCGGUUCCUUGGUCUGGCUCCCCGUGUGGUUUACUCUAAAGAGCCGGAUACGUUACGACUUGUGUACAGUGCCAAAGGUUCUAACAUGCACUGAACUAACCUAAUCUAGCUUAACCUAACCUGACCUAACGUAAUCGAAGAUCGUUAGAUUAGAUUAAGUUACGUUAGAUUAGGUUAAGUUACGUUAGAUUAGGUCAAAUUCGAUCCAACUGGUUCGUGUUUGCUAAUAUUAACAUAUAUAUUUCUUAUACACUAGUUAUACAUAUCCGACUCUCUUAUAGAAACAGUCUGAGAGCCGGACUCAGUUGCUGUGGCCACGAACUUAUUGUUAAUACUGAGGCUCAGAGCUCUUGUUACCCAUUAUUGAAUAUUCUAAAUAAACUGUUAUCGAAGAAA